AUGAUUAAUCGUGACUGGUUCGGAUUAACCAAUAUGCAAAUCCGAACUAUAACUGUACUUACAAUGGGCCCCUUGUGCAUUCUUGUUGUCACAUGGUCUAAGAGCUCGGCAACGUUUCUGGUUCUUACUUGCUUGUUUAUUGGUGGCAUAGAAUGGAGUGGUUUAAAAAGGCAUCUUAAAGUGGCUCUCCUCGCUCCUAAUGAGUUUCUGAAUGGAACUGUCCCGAUAAAACUUGAAGGCGUGCAUCAUAGGAAACUUAGCAAGGGGGAUCACUCUGUUGAACGCGGGAUCAAUUAUAACGGCAGUGACAGUUCUCCAUGUAGUUCAAUGUGUCUGUCCCCACUGAUGUCGUUACCAGAUGACAUACCGUUCGUUCCUAAAGAGUACGCUGUUCCUGUGUCACCGCUGAGUGUGUAUAGUAUUUUCAAAUACCUUGGAUGGUCCCUCCUGGCUUUGGCCGCAUCAUACUGCGAGGUUGCUUACAUCACUGUGCUCGCACUGUACAUGCUUAUUUUUGUGUGUGUCACACUCAUGGCUCAGACCAGAUUAGAGGAUAGGAUGGAAUGGGCUGUGAAGCGGUUAACUUCCCAGUUCUGCCCUCGAACCAUUGAUCCCAAGGGUAGUGAUCCUAGUUUUUACCUUGAAAAGGCUUAUAACGAAGCACAGCAGCGCUACUUUCUGUCCUUAGAACUACAUGCAAUUGCUGAAAAACAACCUGCAGAGCAGUUUCUUGAUAUUUGCCUCGACUUGUUUGGUGUUAUGUGGCUGUCAGGCUUGGUCUACUUUUUGUUUCUCUAUGAUAUGCCGCGACUGGGGUUGCCGUGGUCUGCUAGUGUCCUGAUCAGCAACUUCUUUAAUGAUAUCACCGCGUUGCUCGUUGGGAAAGGUCUCUGGACACUUAGGACGAAGUAUAACCACCUUCAUGAUUGUGUCUCGAGUAUAGAUUCCAGUGAAUGCCAUUCUUAUAAGGAAGCUUCCACUAAAUGCAAAUCUGGUAAACAAGGAGGCGACAAUAGGGAGAAGUCUAGGUCAGAUUCAUCAUUUUUUGUUCGUUAUAUCUUGAGUUCUCCACAUUCCCUAUGCCCAGCAAUUAGUCCAAACAAGUCGAUUGAGGGGGCAGUAUCCGGUGUCAUCGUGAACGCGAUCUCGUUCACGGCAAGUUUAUACAUCUGUUAUCGUUUUAUCGUCGACUACCCUGACGCCAGUGUAAUGUCACCGAAGUUUCAAUCCAUUUCUCUGUGGUUUGUUCUUGGAAUUUGUGUUGGUGUUGCAGGUGUGUUAGGGGACCUGUUGCAAUCACUGCUGAAGCGUGUCGCAAGAGUCAAGGAUUCAGGCAUUAUCAUACCUGGUCAUGGUGGCAUCCUGGAUCGUAUAGAUGGUAUUCUUUUAGUAUUUCCAUUUAUAUACUGUGUUGUGAGCGUUUUACGUAUGUUUUCCUAG